CGAAAAUAAAUUAAGAAAAAUUUGAGCUGAAUUACGUAAUGGUUAAAUCAAAUAAACCACAAAUUAAGCUUUAAGGUUAGUUCUAGCGUUGUUGAAACACACUGUGAUUUAACUAUAAAACCCGGUUUAGAACAGGUCUCGUCGGUCUGAUUUGAUUCGGUUAAUUGAAACGAGGGUAACUCCUGCUUUGAACGGCACAGUAGUUCACAAAAUUUGCCGUUCGGUGCUGUUGGGAGAAUACGGAGCAAAUUUACGCAAUAAAAUGGCGCCAAAGCGAGGGAGAAACCGGUCGCCUUCUCCGGACCGGAACGGGAUGUUCACCGGAAUGGUAGUUUUCAUGGUGGACACCGGAGUCCAGCGCCGUCGAUUGCAGAUAUGGAAGCAGAAGCUGGUUCUAAUGGGAGGAGCAGUGAUCGAGGAAGGUUCGUUGACGAAGAAAGUCACUCAUGUUCUCGCCAUGACUCCCGAAGCUCUUGUCGGAAAAUUCCAGAAAGAACCUCUGUCUCGUUUUAAAGGAGUAAAGUUUUUUUUUUUUUUUAAAUGUUUGAUAUUUAUGUAUGAAAGAAGAGACUUCAGGUCAAAAAGGAGAGAGUUUUUUUUUUUUUUUUUUUUUUUGCAGCGCCUUGUGCGUUACCAGUGGUUAGAAGAUAGUCUAACUUCAGGAGAGAAGGCUAAUGAAGACUUGUACCUUCUCAAAUUUGAAGAGCCUAACAAAAAGUCUUUGCCUUCAAGGAGUGGUAGUGAGGAUCAACCAUCAACUCCAAAAAGAGCUAGGAACUCCCCUGAUUCUUCUGAUACCGUAGGCUUAGAAAGCCAAAAGAAUACACAAGGAUCACCUACUAGUUGUAGUGUUCCCUCUACUAGUCCCAGUCCUGGAGAAGGCAUUUCAGAGACUCCCUCUACUAGUCCACAAUCAGAGCCCACGUCGGUUUACAAACCGCCCGAUUUGAACAGAAAUAUCACUGAGAUAUUUGGGAAGCUGAUAAACAUAUAUAGAGCUUUGGGUGACGAUAGGAGGUCCUUUAGCUAUUACAAAGCUAUACCGGUCAUUGAAAAGUUUCCCACUAAGAUUGAAAGCGUUGAUCAGCUCAAACACCUCCCUGGGAUUGGAAAGUCAUUGACAGAUCAUAUUCAAGAAAUCGUGACAACAGGGAAGUUAUCCAAGUUAGAACACUUUGAAACAGAUGAGAAGGUACGUACGAUCAGUUUGUUUGGGGAAGUUUGGGGUAUUGGUCCUGCUACUGCACUCAAGCUAUAUGAGAAAGGACACCGCACAUUAGAUGACUUGAAGAACGAGGAUUCACUUACGCAUGCGCAGAGGUUGGGGUUGAAAUAUUUUGAUGAUAUUAGAACAAGGAUUCCACGCCAGGAGGUGCAAGAAAUGGAACAGCUUCUACAGAGAGUCGGCGAGGAAGUUUUACCUGGUGUAAUGAACUAUUCACUUUAUCUGGUUGCUCCACUUUUGUAUGUAGAAACUUUAAUGGAAUCUUUGCUGCAGGUGGAUAUUGUAUGUGGAGGAUCAUAUAGACGUGGGAAGGCUACUUGCGGAGAUCUAGAUAUAGUUAUCACACAUCCUGAUGGACAAAGUCACAAGGGCUUCUUGACAAAGUUUGUAAAGCGUUUGAAGGAAACAAACUUUCUUAGAGAAGAUCUCAUCUUCAGUACCCACAGUGAAGAGGGUACUGGUUCAGGCGUCGACACGUAUUUUGGUCUGUGCACUUAUCCUGGUCAGGAGCUGAGGCGCCGUAUUGAUUUAAAGGUUUAUCCGAGGGAUAUACAUGCAUUCGGAUUCAUAGCCUGGACAGGGAACGACGUGUUGAACAGAAGGCUGAGAUUGCUAGCAGAAUCUAAAGGAUAUAGACUCGAUGAUACUGGACUGUUCCCAGCUACUCACAGCUCAAGUGGUAACCGGGGUGGUAGAGCAAGUGCCAGCAUGAAACUCUCCACAGAGAAACAAGUUUUCGAUUUCUUAGGGUUUCCCUGGCUCGAGCCACACGAGAGGAAUCUUUAAGUAGCUCACUAAGCCUUUUUGGUUCUUGUUUAAGUUAUGUUCUAGUUCCGUAAUUAAUCAGUGUUUUUGUAAUUGCAUAUCUAUGGGCAAGGUUAUGAUAUUAAUACUCUUGUAAUAUUUCUUCUAAUGUUAAAAUCCUUGGUUUUAAUGUAUUUUCGAGGUGUUGUGACCAUAUUAAUUUACCAUUUUUCUAAACAAACUGAUCACACGUCUCUCAUAAAGCGUUAUGACUGAGAAAAGAAACAUCCCACAUCGGUGACACAAAGAAGAUAUGACUUGCUUAUAUAACUCUAGAAAGCAUCAGGGAUCACGACCUUACUUGAACAGGAUCUGUUCUAUAGGAAGUACCUCUGUAUCCUUGAUUUCUAAGGAGCAGUCCCUGAACCCUGGUUGAUGACUCAUUACUGUGUGAUCUGAGCGUGAUUAACAGCGUGGUUUGUCUUCGGAUUCUCCGUGCUGUAGAGGAUCGUUACCUAGCCUGGUCUCUCGACCACGGUUAGGGUGGUCGCACGGUUGUCUGACAGGUCCUUUUU